AUGAUCAUUUUUAUAAAAGGACCAACAGAGCGUAAACGAAUAGAAAUAGGACCAUAUGAUAAAAUAUAUAAAAAAGCAAAGGAAGUUUUUGGUAAAGAAAACUUUACUUUAUCAUACGAUGAAGACAAUACACAAAAAGUAGACGGAAAUUCGAAUAUAUUAGAUUUAAAUUUAAAAAAAGGUACAACACUAUUUAUUCAUUAUGACAUAGUAAAAAGCGAUAUUAAACGUGAGAAAGACAAAAUGAUGUGCAAUCAUGAUUCAAAUGCGAUGUGUGCUAAUUGUGCACCACUUGAUCCGUGGGAUGCGAAAUAUAUGGCUGAUAAAAAAAUUAAAUAUUUAAGUUUUGGUUCGUACAAAGAAAUGUGUAAAUACAAAAAUAUGGAUCUAUCUAUGGAAGAUUACUCUUCUAAAAAGUGUAAAGAUCAUAAACCUAAUAUUCGUUGUGUUAAUUGUCAAGAAAAAGAUAUAUUUUUAAAUCCGCAAAGAUAUCGAAUGGUCGAUCAUGUGGAAUUUGAUGACGCAGCUAUGGUUCAAAAUUUUAUAAAAAACUGGAAAGAUUCAAGAAGGCAAUAUUUUGGAUUUUUAAUAGGAAAAUAUAAAACAUACGAUAUGGUUCCAUUAGGUAGAAAAGCACUUGUCUCUGGUAUAUGGUUACCGGAACAAGAAAAUUUUCCUGAUGGAUUUGUUAUAAAUGAAUUAUCAUAUGGUGAUUUUCUGAAAGAUUCAGGAUUAGAAAUUGUUGGGAUGAUUUAUUCAGAUUUAAUAUUUGAUGGACAUAUGACUAGUUCAAAACUUAAAGAAGACUUUUUUUUGUCAUCCUUGGAAGUUGAUUUUAUUUCAAAAAUGCAGUUUAUGUUUCCAAAUUUUGAAAAUAAAAAUCUUCUUAAUUCAAAAUUUGUUACAAUUGUAGUAACUUCAAAUAUACAAGGAGAGAUUGAACUAAUGGAAUAUCAAGUUAGUUCACAAUGUAUGGCAUUAACCCGCGGUAAUUUUAUAUUGCCUACAGAUAAUCCAAAGCUAUUUUAUACUACAAAAAAUAUAUUUUACAAAACAAUUGAAGAUGACGGAAGUCUUAAAUCUGUAAAGGCUGAUCCAUUUCUACCAGUAGAAUUUUUUUUAGUUAAAUUAACACAUGGUAACAAACAGAAUCCCCUUUUUCUCAAUAACACACCCUUCUAUGGUUCAGUUACUAAUAAAAAACUUGCAGAAUAUUUUAAUGAAGAUUAUUCAUUUGAAAAAUUUUCUAAUUUUGAUUUACUCCAGAGACUAAAAGAUAAAUUUAAAGACUUCAAUGAGUUAUUAAAAUGCAUUGUUGAAAAAGAUAGAAAUUAUUUUAAGUUUUUUACAGAACAAGAAAAUUUUAAAGAGUUUACUAAUUCCUUACAAAAAUAUUAUAAAAGAUCGUGGAUAUGUGCAGCUUGUACGUUUAUUAAUGAGAAAAACUUAGAUCGAUGUGAAAUAUGUGAAACACCAAACCAAUAA